GGCCGCAGUCGGGCCGCAGUCCGCCGUUUCCAGCGGCGACCGUCUUUCAAGCUUACCGUUGCACGCAUGCUGCUAUAGUCGCAGCGGUUUGGUGCUGCUGCUGCUGCUGCGGCUCCGGCUUCCUGUUGCUGCUGGUUGUGUGGCCGUGCUGCUGCAGGCUGGGUGACGAGAUUGUCUGGCACCUGGUACGUUGCACAUAUCAGUGCGGCACGCGCACAGAGUCAGAGGGUAUGCUACCCUGACGCUCCUCCCACCCCCACAUCCUCGCGCCUGUCGUGGCUCCAUCAGAGACCGGCGCAUCACGGACUAAACGCAGGACGGAAGCGGCAACAAGUGUGUCCAACACCGGGAGAGAGAGAUAUUCAUUCGCUCGAGAAGAAGACUAUCGAGGUUGAUUUUGGGGGGAGGGAUGCCGUAGUGGACGUUGUCUGCCAACAAAAUACUUCGGUGUUCAUUGUGAAGAGAGAAGCUACAAUGGGAGACAAGCAGACGAGUCCCAGCAGGACUGGCCACAGAGGACAGCACGCUGGGCAGAUUUAUGAAGGGUUCGACUGAAGUUCCCAGCGACUGUCUUACACACAACUAUUGGCUGUAAAGGCAACUUUUCUGGAAAACAGUUCAAAAUCUACGAAUUUUAUAAUUAACAACAGUUUUGUUUUGUUAGGAACUUUGCAUUCCUUUACAUGGAUCACACUGCCUGCGAUAACAGAGGAGCAGCGAUGGAAAGUUCACAAUGCGAUUCUCUAAGUUUCGUUGACAGAAGCCUAGGAUGGCCUUAGUAGACCAUUGAAAACAAUUAUUGAGAUGCUACAGGACAGUUGCAUCCUAGAGGGAAGAAAGACAACAGAAUCUGUCUCCUUCCAGAAACACAACAGGUAGUAUUCCAUAGCCACGUAAUAUUCACGUAACUUCCUUAGGAUAGUGGAAAAAUACUACCUUGCAAGUGCUAGUCGUCCACCAAACCCGGGAAACGAUCACGUGUCCUCCAAGAUGGCGCUAGCCGAGUCAAAGCAAACGUACAUUGAGAUGAUCCUGCAGUGGCUGAUGAACAACAACAGCACGGGGCAGGUGGACUACACCCAGCUCUACGUCCGCCGGUCCGUGCGCUACGUCUACCCGCUCUUCAUGUUCGUCUACGCCCUCGUCGGUGUCAUCGGCAUCAUCGGCAACUCCGCCAUGUUGGUGGUGUUGGGCCGCCGGCGGCUGUACCACGACCAGACCUUCUUCCUGAUGGGCAACCGCUUCUCAGACCUCAUCAAGUGCGUCUUCGUGCUGCCCAUCACGCUGGCCAACCUCCUCAUCAACAACUGGCUCUUCGGCUCCUUCCUUUGCUUCUUCCUUCCCAUGAUGCAGAGCUUCCCCAUCCACGCCUCUAUGCUGACGUUCCUCAUGAUCGCCAUUGACAGAUACCGGCUCAUCCUUCAUCCAUUCAAGUCGAGGCUCCCGGCAGGCUUGUGCAUCAUCGCCGUGUGGGUGGCUGCCGUCUGCAUGGUUCUGCCCUUUGCCAUCUACAUCAAGUACAUCGACCUGGGUGCCACCCUGGGUUCCGACUUCGACGGUGUCGGCAUCUGCUACGUGUCCAUCGAGAAACGCAUCGAGGAGUACAUCCGGGCUCUCUUCGUGACGCUGUACGCCAUGCCGCUGGCCGUCAUCGCCUUCCUCUUCGUACGCAUCUCGGCGGAACUCAAGUCCCGCGAGGCCACGUCCAUCUCCAUCCACUUCGCGUCGCAGGGCGGCGGCGGAGGCGGUGGCGGCAGCAACACAGCCGCCUCAUCCGCCGCGCGAGACCUGAUCGACCACGCUUACAAGGCUAGCGGCACGUGGUCCACGUCACACGUGACCUCAGGGGUGUCCGGAACCGCUGGGAGCGUGCGGCUUGACCCCGCGUCUUCCGGGCGACGAGCUGCCGCACCACCUCCACCACCAUCACCACCCACACCACCAUCACCACCACCAUCAUCAUCACCACCACCACGGCCACGGCCACGCCCACCACCACGGAGGAGGGAGUGGUGGAAGUGGAGGAGGCGGAAGCAUCAAAGCUGGGGGAUCACCCGGAGGACACUGCCGCGACUCCCGGCCAGGAUGAAGCCCUACACCACCGAGCGCUCCACGCAGGACUCUGACGACGACCUGGACCUGGCCAAGGAAAAACGCACCCAAAACUAUCUCAUCACCAUGACGACCGUCUUUGCCAUGUGCUGGUGCCCUCUGAACAUCCUCAUCCUUGUCAACUACUUUGUGCACGAGAACGAUAAUAACGAAGACCCGUACGACAUCACCUACAUCACCUUCACCUGGUUCGGCUUUCUGAGCACCUGCACGACCCCCGUGCUCUUCGCCUCCUGGCGGAUGUCCUCGGCCACCAAAGACAGACUCCGUGGCUAUUUUCGCUUCAGCAACAGGCGCCAUAACUCGGCUCAGCGUCGGCGGUUUCAGAAGCACUACUUGAACGGAAACUGCAGUAACCUGUUUGAGGAACAAAUGAUUAUGGACAGCCGCUUGUCAAAUGAUGCGGAACAUGUAUGAUUUUACUGGCGUGAAAUUUUUGUGGUUGUGUGAAGAAAUUAUGUCAGUUGAAGCUGACCGGUGACAUGGCCGAGUUAAAAUCCAGACAAGAAAUUGGAAUGAUUAAUUUCCUGUCUCGGAAGAAAAAUGCGUGAAAAGUCACGAUAUGUCUUCGAAGUGAGGUUUUCAAUGUAAAAAGUCUUGUGAGUGCUUGUGUGUGUGAAAGAGAGAGAAAUGGAUGGAGUGCGUGCAUGCAUGUGUAGAAAGAAAGGAGGGAAUGUUCAUGAAUUUAAAAAAAAAUAUUAAAUUGUUGAAUUGCUAGAAACCUCAUGUCAACAUUGUCUUAUAAUAUUAAUCUGCUGUUUGCAAUAUUUGUAUUAUGUCUGUGUGUGUAUAUAUAUAUAAUAUUUUUCAUUUACAUGUUGGCUUAAGUGGCAUGAUACAUAAUUUAUUCAUCUCACAUGUACAAAAAAUAAGCUCUCAUGUCACAGCCGCAGAGAGGAUGGAGAAUUCACCAUUCUUUGUUCUCUCUAAAAGAAAAAUUCUUCUGCUUCCUAUUCUUAGGUUUGAAAUAAUAUUACAAGUCUGUCCCUGGCACUUCGUCUUCUCCAGAAAGAGCAUCCACCCAGGCGGAGGCUGCACGAGUAUUGAUCCAACGUCUGUCCAUGACGUCAUGACACUCACGCAUGCGCAACAGCCUGCCUCCCACACUCCAGCAAACAGCAGCUCGCGAGCGAACACACACACACACACACGCACGUGCACAAACACUAAAAUACAAACAUCAACACACACGCUCGCGCACGUGCGCACCUCCAGAAUAUCAUUCAUGCUUUCAGCCUGUGUGAUCGUUCACGUGCAACGUGUCUUCUCCACAGGAGAGCUCGAUGGUCGCUCAAGACUGUUAUUGCAAACAAUUUUAUUUUUAAGCACUGCUCCCGGUUACCUUUUCUGUGUUAAAUAUUUUUUUCCGAAGCAUCUUAACAUUGUCAUCAUUUUCAUCGCAUUUUGAGCACGGUAUAUAUAUAUAUAUUCAUACUAUUGUAUAAAUUACUAUUUCUCCUUGUUCAGACUGUCUCAACAAGCCGUGCGUGUCUCCUAGAAUGUAUUUUGUGCCGAUACUAACCCAAACCCAAAUUCUAGCAGCCCUAACCCUGUGUUGGUUUAAAAUGUUUCAUAUCAGGACGUGGUUUUAACAUUUUGCAGUUAGACACCUAUAAGAAAAUAGUCAAACCACAGAAUUACUUACAUCUGACUCACCCUUGUUUUGUAUGUUUGAUACGUGUCGUAACCUGAAGGUAGCAAGUUUUAAUAGGUUUACAAAUGUUUUAAUAAUCUUUAAAUUUGUUUUAAUAGAUAACCUGUUACAAAGCAAGAAAAAAGUUACUUUUGUAAGAGUGAGAGAAUCCAGAAACAUGAAGAUAAAAAGAUGGCAGCAUUAUUCAUUUUUGUUUAAUGAGAAGAGCCCGUUAAUGAAGGGUACAGCUGUCAUGAGGUUUGUAAGACGAGCCCUGUCUUGCCCACAUCUUGGACAAAAAUGUUUCAGAACGGGGUGGUGAUGUGAGGGAGGGAUAAAGCUGUGUCGUUAGUAGUUCUAACCUUCUCUAAACCUAUCUCAUUAAAGUGAAAUAACAUCAAACGGGUAUCAAAAAUAGAAUAAGACAUAGUAGUCUUACAAUCGACAUGAUUUAGUCAAGGGUCAACUCUUUCUGCUCUUACCUUCCGCAAGAUCUCUGACGGAAGGACAGAGUGCUGCAGUUGUGUGUUGAUGUGAUAGUCAAGAAAAUGUGAUAGACGUGGUGGUGGCUGAGCCCGGUGGAGGUAUGAGUUGUAGUCUGCAUGUGGUCACGUGGCCUAGCGCUAAGGAGGAUAGGGGAGGACAAGCUGAGUGCAUUGAUGUGACUGAGCAUGCGCGUGGCACGAUUAAGGUCCAUCUCUAUCUUCCAGAACACAAAAACAGAGCGCACAAACCAUUUUCCUCGGUUUCUCUAUUUUAUUGUCACAUUCACAAGAUUACAGUGUGUCUCGCACGCCUGGACUGAGUUAUAAAUAUUUUGUAAAUAUUUUUUCAAGCUUCUUUCAUUUCGCGUUUCACAAUGUUUUAAACUUCCGCAGCAUUUUUCUCAUUCUCAUUAAACUGCAACACAAACCCGUGGUUUAUUGCAAUGUCUUUUUUUAAAAUUUUUUUGAACUGCAUUAUAUGAGUAACAAAAAGACAUUUUUAAUGCUGAAUAUGAGUUGUAUUCAUUUUCCAUCGUAUAUAAAUGAACAUAAAUAAGGCCAGGAAACGUUUGUGUACAAAUUAUUACUGUUGUUAUCAAAACUAAUCAUGCCAUGAUUCUUUAUUUAUGUCUCACCUUUCAUGUCUGUCCAUGUAUUCCACGCUUUGCCGUACCUCCACCCUCCCAAGCAUCCCAUCGGGUAAAUCAUUGUUACAUCUGAGUAACAAAGAAUUCCUCCUCUUGUUUUUUAAGAAGACAGGGAAGAAAAGUAAACAGUUGGUCUUUCUUUUAACAUGUUCUUAUUUACGCCGUGUUGUCAAGAAAAAUAUGAUAAGCAGAGUUUAUGUGGAUAUUACAAAAUAGUGAAUCCAGUAUAGUAGAAGUACGAGGUUCAUCACAUUACUUAUGAAGGAUACAUGAUAAACGUGUGUCAGUAAUGUGAGAGCAUUUCGUCUCCAUGCUAGAAACAAGCUCGUGAUAAAGCAAACCGUGUGACACACAGAAAGGUCCAUGGACCUUGUAACACCAUCUCCUGCCACCAACCCCUACACCUUUAUAAACAACACGAGAAACAGGUGACAGUCUGCUAGGCGAUUCCUGAACACAACUCUUAAAUAAAUGACAAGUAACAGUGUUUAUGUGUCUCAAAUAUCAUUAUUUAUUUAUUUAUUUAUGAGGAAGUGCUAGUUCGUUGCCAUAGAACACCUGCAAUAUUUGUAGUUGUACAGGUGUACAGGGUGGCACUCGUGGCUGUGCGUCAUUUCAAGACCAGCAAGAGUUUCUGGACUUGUUAUCAGCUCUAUAUUUUUAAAAAUUGUUCCUUAUCUUAAGACUGAGUCCUUGCAGUCGUCCCUGGCAUCGCCUGAUCGUCAAACAUAUCGAGUGACGCGUGUUCAGUCUUCAGCGCCUCCGCUACAAGAGAGUUCCGAGUUUCCGUUAGCUUCUUGUCGUUAGGAAGAUGACGAACGUACGACUAAGGGUGCAAUAGGGAAAUCUCGCAAAUUUCCGUUAGGGGUUUUAAAAAAUAUCUAAACAAUCCAGUGUAGAUUACAAGGCAUGAAUGAUCACCCUGUUAGUUUUUUUUAUCCUAAAGAACCUAAAAAAAAAUACAAACUCGUCCUCUUUUUCUUUCCUUUCGCACUUCUUUUUUGGUCUUAUCCUUUGGUUGUUUAAAUCGAACAUGCUAUACAUUUCUUUAUGUCGCUUGUGUGGAAAGUGCUUGUAAUACAAUGAUCAGCUUGACACUAUUUCCCUUCCUAUAGAAGUAGACACAAUGUGUGCUUUGGUUGCUGCUGUAGUGGCGACAAGUUUCCUUUAAGUCCCAGUGGUAUUACAAAAUUUUCCUAUUAAUUGUUAAUAAUUUUAUUACUCGUUGAUUGAUUGUAGUGGAGCAAAUUUUAAAGUGGACAAUUGACUGGCAAAGUUGUUUAUAGUGUUAAAAUUCCACAUUGUCCACCAGCUUUUUUAGCAAUUGUUUCUGGACCUAGUGGCACAACCUGACAUGUCCUAGAGGGAUGCCUGGUAGGUGCUCACAGAGUGCCAGGGGUAGUCAUUCUGGGCUGCUCUUGUCACUCUCAAAUAAAAGCAGAAAUCAGCAAUGAAAUUCUAGCAGUUUAGUAAUCACAAUAUAUUCUGUUUCAUGCAAAUGCGGUGCUGUUUACAAACGUUACAAGUAAUGUUUACUGGGGUUACUUUCUACCCACCCUGUAGUUGCUACACAUCCUGACAGUCUUCAUCUGUCAUAGAAGUGUUUGUUUACCCUGAACACCAUCAGUGCUUGACUACUAACCUACAAAUGUAGGAUCCUCAUAAUUUUCAGUUAUGUCUGACAUAAGGACACAAAGGAAAACACAAUAUGAGGUUGGAAAAUACUAAAAUUAGUUUGGGAAUCUGUUAACCCGUGGAGACCGAAGAUGAUGUUAUUAUUCGCUAGUGUAGCUACACUUUGGAAGAAGUAAACCUUCUUCAAUGCCCCCAGUUUGUAAAAUAUUGUAUCCAUCUCUCUCUAAUGAUAAUACAGCUGUUUAUCAUGUGUACAUCCUGUCAUACAAGCUGCUAUGUAUAAUCGCAUGUACGGUUUAUAUUUUGUGCAGCGAUGGAACACGUGGCGAACACGCCGACUGUUAUUGUUAUCAAACCAAAUGAAUAUAUCAUUGCUUAUUGUGAUAUUACCGAGUGUUACUACAUGUGCAUUGAUAUGGUUGAUCAUAUGUUAUGUUCUCGCGUGGCGCAAUGCAUUGUUAUGAUUAUUACAAGACGUUGACUUCUUUGAUGGUUUGUGUAUCGACGUGUGUCACGUGAGCUGUUCAUGGAGCAAAUAAAUCUGAAAACUGUU